AUGAACCUGUGGAGACGGAUUCGGAGCGGCAGGACCAAGCCAACCAAGGUCAUCGCCCCACUCGGCCCUCGUGGCCUCGUGGGCCUGCCGGCCCCCCCGCCCCUCUCCCUGCCACGGGAGGAGAUGCUGCGCCGUCUGGACAGCCGGGACACCAUCGUGGCCACCCAGGCCGCGGAGUCCCUCUACCCCCUGGCCUCGGAGGACAGGGCGCUGGCUGCCAGCAUUGCCAUGGAGCACCUGUCCUCCCUCCUGGCCCUGCUCGCCAGCCACCGCCAGCACACACAGCUCCACGCCGCGUACCUCCUUUCCUCCCUCCCCGGCGCCUCCCCACCCGUCGACGGCCUCCUGGCCGGUAGCCAGGUGGCCUCCGCGCUCACCGCCGCCCUGUCCGACACGGUCAGCCCGGGGGUGGCCCGUGGCGUGCUUCGCGCACUGAGCAAGAUGCUGGCCCCUCCCGCGACCGAGACCGUGGCGGCGGUGAACGCCCUGGUCGCCUGCGACGGCCUGAGGGUCGUCGCCCAGGGCCUGCGGGCGGGGGACCCGGGCAUCGCGCGGCGCAGCUUGCACAUCAUCCGCGCCGCCAGCGCGCUGCAGCCGGGCGCCACCUGGCGGGAGCUGAGCGUGGCGGGGGUGGCGGCGCCGGCCCUCCUCGCCCUCCUCCGCGUUGGGCACCUCGACACCCAGGCCGAGGUGCUCUGGAUCCUGCAGUGCCUCAGCCCGUCGCAGGAGGCAGCCGCCGCGCUGGUGGAGGGGGGGGUGGAGGAGGCGCUGACCCUCCUCGCCGCCACCAGCCCCGCCCCGGAGCUGCGCAUGCAGGCCAGUGUCACACUGGGCCUGCUGCAGAAUGCCUCGCGCGUGCCCGACGGCUCGGCCGACACCUCCCGCGCCAUCGUGGCGUUCCAGGCCCCCGACCCGGGGUCGUGGGAGUCGACCCAGACCCGGGGGCCGACACGGGCGAGCGAAGUGGUGGAGACCCCUGCCAAAGUCACUGAGGAUGUCCGAGCUGCUGGUUUUACCGAUGCACCAUACGCCGCCCAGCUAGCCAAAUCCACGAGUAAUGCGCGUAUUUUCCAGGCACCUCCCCCCGCCAAGGGCCCCGUCACCCCCCUCCCGGUUGAGCCGGCGCCCGGCAGGGACGUGGCGCGUGCGGUCGCCGGCCUGCGCAGUCCCAGCGACCGGAGCCGAAUGCGGGCCGCCGACGCGGCGUGCACCCUGGCGCUGACUCAGCCAGAGGCACUGCUGCGGGGGGGGGCGCUGGGCCCGCUGGUAGAUCUGGCGCUAGAGCUGGCCGGCGGCGCGGGCGCGGCGCAGCACCCGCUGCUCUCCGCCGUGCUGUGCGCGCUGUGCACGCUGUGCAAAACGCAGCGCCGUGCGGCCGAGGCGGUGCUCGCGUUACCGGGUGCCCUGGAGUGCCUGGAGGGGUUGGCGCGGAGCGGGGCCAGCCGCCACGCCAAGCUGGCGGCGGCCACUCUGCAUGCGCUGGCCGAGGGGCGGGCGGGGGCUGCCGGUGAAGGGAGGGAGAGGCCGUCUGCGGCCGCCGCGGUCUCCCCCUUUGAGCAGGCGCGGCAGGCCUCCGAUGCCUCCACCCUAUCUGGUGCUGCUGACGGCCAUGGGACCCCUGGUGGGCCGGGGGCCCAGGCGAGGGGCCUGGAGAGUCAUGGAGUCGUGCCGCGAAGCGAGACACGCAUGGGGCCGGGUGGCGCUGAAGGCGACGCGGUGACCGACGAUACUGCCUGGCCCCUCUUUUGGAGGGAGGGCUCGGGCUGCAGACCUGAUGCCAUGCAGGCCGCCCUGAUGACGAGGGGGAUGGUGGACGAGGACAUCAUCCCCGACCUGCCAGGGGAUGGGUCGACCAGUUCCAACCCUUCUCAAGGCAAACAGCCUGCCUCGGCCGGCGAGGACGACUGGAUGCUGGACGACUCUGAUGUGGUCCUGUGCAAGGACAAAUGGGGUCGACCCUUCAAGCUUGGUGAGGGUGGCUUUGGGAUUGUCUACAAGGGCCGACAGCACGGGGUGGACGAAGUGGCGGUCAAGAAGAUCCGCGCAGAGCGGCCGACGGCGGCCCAGCUCCGCACCUUCCACUACGAGGUCAACUGCCUUCGCCUGCUCUGCCACCGCAACAUCGUGCAGUUUUAUGGGGCGAGUCUGCACCCAGAGCACCUGUUUUUCGUCACCGAGCUCAUGGCGGGUGGGGACCUGUACACUGCCUUACGGCGACACCCGGAGCUUCUGGCCUGGAACAACAUUGGCCGGAAGAUUGCGCUGGACGUCGCUCUGGGCCUGAACUUCCUGCACACCCGCCGGCCCCCAAUCCUGCACCGCGACCUGAAGAGUCCUAACAUCCUGCUCACCGGGGAGGGCGUGGCUAAGAUAGCCGACGUGGGCAUGUCGCGACCCAUGAGCGACAUUUGGAGCUACGGCAUCCUCAUCUGGGAGAUCGUGACGGGGCGGGACAUCACACAGUACCAGCCGCUGUCCCUGACCCAGGGGUGGAUGCAGCAGGGCCUGCAGGACACGGACACGAGCGCGAGGAGCAUCAUGCAGAUGGAUGAGGGGGCUCCAGCCAUGGCACGCCACAUCUUCCAGCAGUGCACACAGCCCUCCCCCGCCCUCAGACCCGCCGCCUCCCAGAUCGUGGAGUGGCUGCGUGGUGGGACCACGCUCCCACAGAGCACCGGCUCCGGCUGA